AUGUCUUACGCCGACGCUGCUGCCAAGGGCCCCAAGCAAACCCCCGAAGAUGCUCGCGCCCCUCCUGUAGGUGGAGUCUACCACGAUGAAUCGGAGAGCACGGCCUCCUUGAUCGACGUCGACGGGCCCCACGUGCAAACCGUGGAAUCGGACUUCCUCGAGCAGGAAGUGCAGACCAGCACCCAAGCUGAGCGGAUAGAGCGCGAAGCCGAAGAAAAGGAGAAGCGCAAGCGCGAGGACGAAGAGAAGAAGUCCAAGGCUCGCAAGGCCAAGGCCAAGGCCAGCGGUAUCAGCGAAAACACCAGCAAUCCUGUCUUCGUUGCCAACGCCGUUAUUGCGAGUCUCGUCGGUGCCGGUCUGGGCUUCGGCGCUUACAAGCAGCACGCCCGUGGUAACCUCUCUUGGGAGCUGGUGGGACUUUCUGCCGGUGCUGUUGGUGUCUUUGGUGCUGUGGACUACUUUGUCAGCAAGUGGUUCUUGCAGAACAAGUUCCCUCCCAAAUAG